AUGAGACAUGAUGCUUUCUUGACCACCUCUGGAUAUCCCUGCAUUGUGGACUAUUACAACGGGAAUGAUGGACCACAGGAACAACUCAAAAAUGCCCUGUCUUUCAUUCUGGUCACCUUGCUGAAGCAGUAUGCAGCAGAUUUUAUUCAACCUCCAGACUUCCUGUGCCUCAAGCAGCUACUUUCCUACUUACAUCUUAACAUGCUUGGCUCAUAUGAGUGUGGAACCCAACUUCUUCUUAGUCAGCAGAAGCACCUGCAACCCUACAAAACAGAGCCUGUGUGUGAAGAACCUGGGGCUGAAAUAUACACACAGCACAUGAGGCAGGUUUGGGGUGGGAUCCACUACAAAGAAGAUCAAAUGAUUGCAUCAGCUCAGGAGGAGUAUGGAAGAACCUGGAAUUCUUGCAAUGGUAGAAUGAAGUCUAGGGAGGAAACCUCUUUAAGAUCUUCCCCCAAUCACAAUGCUCCAACCUGGGCCUGGGAACUGAAGAAAGUAUUGGCCUACUACUGCUUGGGCUACACCUGUUCUCAGCAGGACAAAAAGGGAAAGAAGCAUCUGGCAUCCAUCAUUGAUGACAUUUUUACUCAGAUAAGCAACAUUAUUACAUGUGUCAUUAUCACCUACCUUGGGGAUAAGAGCAUGGAGACAGACAGGGCCAAGUCAGUGGAGCACUGGAUCCAGGUGGCCCUGGAAUUUGGAGGUCCCUGGAAUAAGACCUGUGAACUUGAUACUUGGAGUAUGGUGGCCAUAUUCUGCCACAUGGGGCAGAGAGUUUCUAAAAUAUCAUCUAUCAAGCACCAAGUUUAUGCAGUUAUUGGUUUCUUAAGGGAACAAAUUCAGAUGGAUGCUUAUACUUUUGAUGAGCAAGAAAGUUUGGAAGUUGCAAUUCAGUGCUUGGAGACAGUUUUUAAGAUCACCCCAGAAAAUACACACCUAGCAGUUUCUCAGCCUUUGAUGGAAAUUUUCACCAACUUCCUCUGUACGAAUGACAUUCUUCCCCUUUCAAACUCAGUGUCUGAAGAUGUGGGAAAAGCUCAUCAAUUAAAAGAUGAAGGCAAUAACCACAUGAAAGAAGAAAAUUAUACUGCUGCGUUUGAUUGUUUCACACAGGCAAUAGAACCGGAUCCCAAUAAUGCAGUUUAUUGUUACAACAGGGUGGCUGCUCAAAGCAAAUUAAGUCACUACACAGAUGCAAUAAAGGAUUGUGAAAAAGCAAUAGCAAUUGAUGCAAAGUACAGCAAAGCCUAUGGGGAGAUGGGGCUGGCCCUCACUGCCAUGAAUAAAUUUGAAGAAGCAGUUACAAGUUAUUAAAAGACAUUAGAUCUUGACCCUGAAAAUGAUUCCUACACAAAUCUGAAAAUAGCAGAACAGAAAUUAAGAGAGGUAUCUAGUCCCACAGGAACUGGAUUGAGCUUUGACAUGGCUAGCUUGAUAAACAAUCCAGCUUUCAUUAGUAUGGCAGCAAGUAUAAUGCAGAACCCUCAAGUUCAACAGUUAAUGUUAGGAAUGAUGGCAAAUGCCAUUGGGGGACCUGCUGCUAGAUUUGGGGUCCUAACUGACCUGUCUAGCCUCAUCCAAAUGGGACAGCAGUUUGCUCAGCAGAUACAACAGCAAAACCCUGAAUUCACUGAGCAACUGAGAAACCACAUCUGGAGCAGAUCAUUCAGCAGCAGCACUGAAGAACAUUCCUGA